AGCCAAUCACCGCCCAGAAGCCAGCUCGAUUGUAGAAGGUCUUGGUAUUCCCAAACAGAAUCCUCCGCACCGUCGGGACGAGGAGUCAUGUCUAUCCGAGGCUCCAAGUUUGCCACAUCCAACUCCCGCAACAAGCACAGUAGUCGUAGCGGUGGCAGCUCGAUGCAUCACCGCAACGCUCAGUCAUUUGCACGGUUGAACUCGUUGGACUACCACGACGAAAUCAUGGAUGCGUACGGGGGGAGUUACAACUACGACUAUGGAGUGUCCUCACAUCACGGAUCGAUCCAGACGAUGGCGCACCAAGCAACGUCGGCGAUCAGCGAGGAAGAGUCGGAAUCGAACUUGACCAUGCUCAUGAACGCCUUUCCCGAAGUCGACCCCUCGAUCGUACAGGAUAUUUUCAUCGCCAAGAACUUUGACGUGUGCGGCACGGCGGAAAUACUGAGUGGGUUGCUUCCCCCGUCGACUGAAGUGCCAGCGGUCGUCGUACCUACAUCCGGCACAUCCGACACGGAUGGGGACGACGACGGUGAAUGGAGUUACCAUGACGCCGACGACGCCGCGUCCGUUGGGUCAGUGGAUUGGGUUGUUGUGCAUGACGAGUGGGAGGUGGUGGACCCAAACACGUCGAGCACAUUCGGCCGCUCGUACAGCGACGUGCUCCUCGCCCCUCAUGCUGGCCUCCGAGAACCGUUUGAAACGGUUGCUUCUCAGUCCGUUGUCCCUUCUACGCCAUCGACUUCGUCGUCUCCAUUGACCGCCAGCUCGACGAAGGAUGCAGCGGAAGACCAGUAUUCCCUGUGCGACGACUACUACGACAUCAAGGAAUACGGCCAGCGCGCCCGCCUGAGCCGCCGCCCAUCCAGCCACCCCAAGGCAAAGAAACAAUUGACUCCCGCCAAAUAGCGACCAACAACGUGAUGGAAUGUGACGGAAGGCGUCGUCGUGUGGUCUUGACUCGUGUACUAGUAGUAUUUAUUCUGUGUACUAGAGUGCGCACACCUAUACUCUAUUGAAGCCACGGCAUUUUGAUCGGUGAAUGAAAUAACGUCGAGUUAAGACAUCCACUGUUUUCGCCAAUUCCGAAAAUGGACCUAACUUUUGCUCGAAA